UAGUACGCAGCUGUGAGAGCGAGCGAACGAGCAGGCAUCCACUGCGUUGCUGUGGCAGUGGGACCCUGGGAGCAGGAGAGGUCCACUCAUCUACGAUCCUCGGCUCAAUACAGACAUAACUUUUCAAGGCAACUGACACGUCUUAAAGGAGAACAGGAGAAAGACAUCGGAAACCCCGAGAGGCAACCAUAGUGAACCUGGACAGGGACAAGAAAAAGAGAGGCCACAGGACAUUAUAGAGUCCGCUGUUGCUGCUGCUGUACUCAGAGACAGUCUCUCUAUCAGAAUCUUCUCCUGACCGUGGUUCUACCAGAGAGACAGAAGCAGAGAGGCUGUGUGUCCAGAGCUCUCCAGUACAGUCUCUGGAGCUCUAUCCUGCUACCAUGGCCCUUGAGUGCACUGCGUCCCAUUGGUGAGCGAGGGGCAUCAGAGGGCAGAAGACAUGUUGGGACAGAGGCCUGGGGACCGCACUGAAGCUUGCUGUAGUAACCAUGGAAAUGCUAUGGAGGACCUUGGCCUGCAUUGUUGUCAUCAUCGUCAUGGUUGCCACCGAGGUCGCAGAAAGUCAGACUGCUGAAAAGUUCACCCAGUCACAAGCUACGUUCCUGUCCAGCCUGAGCCAGUAUGAAAUUGUCAUCCCGGUUCGUGUGGGGCCGCAGGGCGAGACCCUGGACACAGAGGAUGGAGGUGCAGACAGCCCCAACCACCACCGGCGGAGCCACCGCAGUGCUGAGGACCAGCAACAGGACCUGUCCCAGCUGUACUACCAACUCUCCACCACCAAAACUAACUUCUUCCUCAACUUGACCCUGCAGGGGGGCCUGCUGUCCCACCAGUUCCGUGUGGAGUACUGGAGGAGGGGCCGUCUGGCCUGGAGCCACCCUUAUGCCCCCCAGUGUCUCUAUGUAGGCCACCUGCAGGGUCAGCCCCACUCCAGCAUGGUGGCUCUCAGCAACUGUAACGGCCUGCAGGGGGUGAUCGUGGCGGGUGGUGAAGAGUACCUCGUCGAGCCACUGACCCCGGCCGAAAACCUCACUAGGGCGGAGAGGGGGAAGGGCCGCCCCCAUGUGGUUUACAAGAGGUCAUCUCUUCGCCACCAGUACAUGGACCAGUCCUGUGGUGUCAUCGAUGAGAAGCCAGGUAAAGGCAUGGCCUGGUGGCAGAGGACUCUGAAGACUCCUCCCAAUCCCAUCAGCCGAGGCCAGCUGCCCCUGAAGAGGUCUGUGAGCAGAGAGCGCUACGUAGAAACACUGGUGGUGGCCGACAAGAUGAUGGUGGGGUACCACGGCCGCCGGGACAUCGAGCAGUACAUCCUGGCUGUCAUGAAUAUUGUUGCCAAACUGUUCCAGGAUUCUAGCCUGGGGAAUGCAGUGAACAUCGUGGUGACCCGCCUCAUCCUGCUCAUGGAGGACCAGCCGACUCUAGAGAUCAACCACCAUGCAGGGAAGUCCCUGGACAGCUUCUGUAAGUGGCAGAAAUCCAUCCAGAACCGGAAUGGCAACGGGAAUGCCAUCCCAGACAACGGCAUCGCUCACCACGACACUGCUGUGCUCAUCACCAGGUACGACAUCUGCAUCUACAAGAACAAGCCAUGUGGAACCCUAGGUCUAGCACCAGUGGGAGGGAUGUGUGAGCCAGAGAGGAGCUGCAGCAUCAACGAGGACAUUGGUCUGGCCACAGCCUUCACCAUCGCCCAUGAAAUAGGACACACGUUUGGGAUGAACCAUGACGGAGUUGGCAACGGCUGUGGCUCCCGUAGUCAGGAGACAGCCAAGCUGAUGGCUGCACACAUCACCAUGAAGACCAACCCUUUCGUCUGGUCCGCCUGCAGCCGAGACUACAUCACCAACUUCCUGGACUCAGGCAUGGGUUCCUGCCUCAACAACGUCCCCCCCAAGCAGGAUUUUUUGUACCCCACUACGGCCCCCGGCCAGGCCUACGAUGCAGAUGAGCAGUGCCGCUUCCAAUAUGGAGUGAAGUCUCGGCAGUGUAAAUAUGGGGAAGUCUGCAGUGAGCUGUGGUGCAUGAGCAAGAGCAACCGCUGCAUCACCAGCAGCAUACCCGCCGCCGAAGGAACCAUCUGUCAAACCAAUACCAUAGAGAAAGGGUGGUGCUAUAAGAGAGUGUGUGUGGUCUACGGGACGAGGCCAGAGGGGGUGGACGGCGGCUGGGGUCUCUGGACUCCCUGGGAAGAGUGCAGCCGUACCUGUGGGGGAGGAGUGUCCUCCUCCAUCCGCCAUUGUGACAGCCCCAGGCCAACCAUUGGUGGAAAGUAUUGUCUGGGAGAGAGGAAGCGCUUCAGAUCGUGCAAUAUUGAUGAGUGCCCUGCAGGCUCUCAGGAUUUCCGGGAGAUUCAGUGCUCCGACUUCGACAACGUUACUUUCCGGGGGAAAUUCUACACCUGGAAACCCUACAGGGGAGGUGGAGUGAAGUUCUGCUCUCUGAACUGCCUGGCGGAGGGAUAUAACUUCUACACAGAGCGUGCUCCGGCUGUGGUGGACGGGACGCCAUGUCGAGACGACUCUCUGGAUGUCUGUGUGAACGGAGAGUGCAAGCACGUGGGCUGUGACCGGAUCCUGAGCUCGGACGUGCGCGAGGACCGCUGCCGGAUAUGCGGGGGUGACGGGAGCAGCUGUGAGGCCAUCGAGGGCCUCUUCAAUGACUCCCUGCCUGAAGGAGGUUAUGAAGAGGUGGUCAGAAUCCCCAAAGGAUCCGUGUUCAUUCAUAUCCAGGAGCUCAACGUCUCCCUCAACUUCCUAGUGCUGAAGAGUAAAGGAGAACAGUUCUUCAUCAAUGGGAAGCUGACCAUCGACACCCCUCGUAGGUUCGACAUCGCAGGGACCACCUUCCACUACCGCCGGCCCACUGACCAACCUGAGACCCUGGAGGCCCUGGGGCCCACCAACAUGACCAUCAUCGUCAUGGUACUGGUGAGGGAAGAGAACCCAGGGAUCCACUACCGCUUCAACCCUCCAGUCAGCAGAAACCUUUUGAGUGGAUAUGCCUGGCACUACACAUCCUGGUCCCGCUGCUCUGCACUCUGCGCUGGGGGUGGUCAGACCCAGCAGGUCGUGUGUAAGAAGCAGACGGAUCACACUGUGGUCUACAACCACUUCUGUGACAAGAAGAGCAAACCCAAAGACAAGAAGCGAGCCUGCAACUCUGAGCCAUGCUCCCCAAGCUGGUGGUCUGGGGUGUGGUCUGAGUGCAGUCGCAGCUGUAACGGGGGCUUGAGGACCAGAGAGGUGUUGUGUAAGAGGAAGAUCUCUCCUACAGAGGAGAAGGUCCAGGACGACAGUGCCUGUACUCCUCCACGACCACCUCUCACUGAACCCUGCAGCAACCACACCUGCCCCCCCGAGUGGCUGGCCCUGGACUGGUCAGAGUGUAAUCCCAGUUGUGGUCCAGGAUUCAGGCACCGUGUCCUUCUGUGUAAGCGUGGGGAGAGUGGAGACAUACUGCCAGAGUCCCAGUGUCCCAAGCAUGGGCGUCCCACCACCAGGGUGCGCUGUAACCUGCAGCGCUGCCCACCACCCAUGUGGGUCACAGGGCCCUGGGGAGAGUGCUCGGCCAGGUGUGGUCUGGGUCAGGAGAAGCGCUCUGUGCAGUGUCUCGCACAAACCGGCCAGCCGUCCAAUGAGUGCCCAGACCUCCAGCGCCCGGCAGCCAUGCAACAGUGCAAGAGCAAAUGUGACCUCAGUAGCCUACCCAUGGACAUCCCCGAGGGUGACCCUGAAGAGUGCAAAGAUGUGAACACAGUGGCGUACUGCCCCCUGGUGCUCAGGUUUAAGUUCUGCAGCCGCCCCUACUUCAGACAGAUGUGCUGUAAGACCUGCCAAGGACACUGACCCCUGAACCAGACCGAGAGCCAGACCAGGAGGCAUCCCCAGCGGACCCAGACCAGACCAGGAGCCACUCCUAGCGGGCCCAGACCAGACCAGGAGCCACCCCUAGCGGGCCCAGACCAGACCAGGAGCCAACCCUAGCGGGCCUAGACCAGACCCACUGAGCUGCACAUUCCACAGGGGGGAGGGACGGCCCAGCCAACACACCGCAGAGCAGCCUGCCUGACAUCCGUGGACAGAGAAGUAGAUGGCGGGAGGGUGAGAGAGAGAGAGAACUGUACUUUUAUCCCGCACUCUGAAAGUGCCCUAUCUUAUACCAGCUUUGGGGGCACUGCUGUGAAGACCAGUUGAGCUGCUGGGAUAUCUCUCUGUUGCUAUGUACGUACACUAUAUAUACAAAAGUAUGUGGACACCCCUUCAAAUUAGUGGAUUUGGCUAUUUCAGCCACACCUGUUGCUGACAGGUGUAUAAAAUCGAGCAAACAGCCAUGCAAUCUCCAUAUACAAACACCAGCAGUAAAAUAUUCUUACCGAAGAGCUCAGUGACUUUCAAGAUGGCACCGUCAUAGGAUGCCACCUUUCCAACAAGUCAGUUAGUCAGAUUUCUGCCCAGCAAUAGCUUCCCUGGUCAACUGUAAGUGCUGUUAUUGUGACGUGGAAAUGUCUAGGAGUAACAACGGCUCAGCCGUGAAGUAGUAGGCCACACAAGCUCACAGAACAGGACCACCAAGUGCUGAAACGCAUAGCGAGUAAAAAUCAUCUGUCCUCGGUUGCAACACUCACUACCGAGUUCCAAACUGCCUCUGGAAGCAACGUCAGCACAAUAACUGUUUGUUGGGAGCUUCUUGAAAUGGGUUUCCAUGGCCAAGCAGCCACACACAAGCCUAAGAACCCCAUGCGCAAUGCCAAGUGUCGGCUGGAGUGAUGUAAAGCUAUCCUCCAUUAGACUCUGGAGCAGUGGAAAUGCCGUUCUCUGGAGUGAUAAAUCACGCUUCUCCAUCGCAGUCCGACGGACAAAUCUGGGUUUGGUGGAUGCCAGGAAAACCCUACCUGCCCCAAUGCACCUAACCAACUGUAAUGUUUGGUGAAGGAGGAAUAAUGGUCUGGGGCUGUUUUCAUGGUUCGGACUAGGCCCCUUAGUUCCAGUGAAGGGAAAUCUUAACGCUACAGCAUACAAUGACAUUCUAGAGGAUUCUGUGCUUCCAGAUUUGUGGCAACAGUUUGGGGAAGGCCCUAUUUCAUCAUGACAAUGCCCCCGUGCACAAAGCGAGGUCUGUACAUAAAUGAUUUGUCGAGGUCAGUGUGGAAGAACUUGACUGGCCUGCACAGAGCCCUGACCUCAACCCCAUCGAACACCUUUGGGAUGAAUUGUAACGCUGAAUGCAAGCCAGGCCUAAUCGCCCAACAUCAGUCCCCGACCUCACUAAUGCUCUUGUGGCUGAAUGGAAGCAAGUCCCCGCAGCAAUGUUCCAACAUCUAGUGGAAAGCCUUCCCAGAAGAGAGGAUGCUGUUAUAGCAGCAAAGGGGGGGACCAACUCCAUAUUACCAUAUUAAUGCUUGUGAUUUUGGAAUGAGAUGUUUGACAAGCAGGUGUCCACAUAUUUCUGGUAAUGUAGUGUAUAUCCUUUAAGGGUUUGGUGCUACUACUAUUGCCAUGCUGGCCACAGGACUGGCCAAAGUACAUUGUUCAGCUUAGUUGUGUUUCUCUGUUGUUUAUUCAGUGGCUCAGUCUUACCCUGAGACAGUAUGUCCAUACAGACCUUUACGUGUAUAUUUACAGACGUUGUUCUAUGUGUACACUAAAUCUACACUGUACAAAUGAAACUCUUCUGAUACUUUACUGUCACUUACCCAAUGUAAUGUUUAUUAUCUGGUGGCUGUUGCCAACUCACUUGGUCUUCUAAGUUAUCUUGUCAAUGCUUUGUCUCAGAACAAAAUCUUUUUGAAAAGGGUUUGAAUUGCACAAAGUCUGACUAGUCAUAGGGAUAAUGUAUGUUCAUUAUUUGAGACUUGUCUUGAAGACUCUACUACCCACUCUACUACCCACGGUCCGGUCCAUGUUCAUAACAGUUUUACUCGCCUCUGUCUUGCCAUUUUACGGGACCCAGCUGGUAAAUGAUCGGUUCAGUUCACGUCUAGCAGCAAACCUCAACACUUCUCUCAUACUGUAGUACUUACUGUACAUGUUUAGAUACAGGCAAACCUACCAUAGCCUCAUCAAUGUGAACGAUGCUACAUGGUAGUCUGUAUUAGUCACGUAUACAGUGAGUGGAAACACAGUGUUCAUCACUGAGUCAACCACCUCCCACCUCUGAUUACAUCGGAACAGAGACCCUUCCAUGCACCCUGGCCUUGAGUGAUCAUUCUCUCUGAUAGCACGGCCUUCCUACUGUGCCUUUAAUGGUCAACCAGUUUACGUCAAUCUCUAAUAUGCUACAUGUACAGUAACUGCCUUCUUACACAUUCAUCCAUCUACUGGGCUCACACUCAGAACCAGCCCUUAAUGUCAGCUCUCAAUGAAGGAACUGAUUUCUAUUGGAGUAACUAGGUUGCUAUUACUCUCCUGAUGGUGCUUCUGAAUGGUGCUAUUUCUUAGCUAAUUGUUGUCGUUGUUGGAUGUCAUUCUGUUGAAUAUUGCAUGGUGGUAACAGUUUACUUGACACCCAGUGGCAUAACAUAUUACGUACGACACGGUCAUAAUCAUGUCAUAAUAUGGUCAUAACACUGUCAUGACCCGUAUAUUUACACCUGUUGUGACAUAUAUUGCAUUAUUUUAUGGCUGGUUAUGACACCUACAUAAGAGUGUCAAAAUCAACGUUUAUUCAAAUUAUUAUUUUCUGCCAAGAAGUUUCCUUUCAUUUGAAAGUUUGUUUCUUAAUUCCUUUGUCGUAAUAAAUUCUUUACAGUCAUGUUUUUUUCAUCAUAUUUGAAAUCACUUUAUGACACUGUCAUGAAGCAUUAUGACCAUCAUGUGUCACUUUACUAGGACUAAGAAUAUAGACUUUAUGACACGGUCAAGAAGCAUUAUGACCAUCAGAAUCAUAAAUGCCCUUAUCAGUCAUCAGUCAAAAAAGAGGGUUUUCUUGUCCUGCUCCUGAAAUCUGGUCCUGCAUUCAUCUCAGUCAUCAGCAACAGAGCAAUGGUGUAGGUGCAUCAAUGUGUGCGCAAUUACAAAGAUCAUUUAAUAUGGUAAAUUACAACAACAAAAAAUAUAUAACAUUAACAUAGUGUUGACACGUAGGCUAUGGUGUAAUGGAAUGUUUGCCUUGCGUGGGAGGUUUAUAAUGUAAUAUAUGUCACAACAGGUCUAAAUAUAUGUCAUGACAGUGUUAUGUCCAUAUUAUGACAGGUUAUGACAGGUUAUGUCAGCUGUUCUGACAUAUGACAUGGAUAUGAUCGUGUCAUAACUUGUUAUGGCGCCGGGUGUCAAGUAAAGUGUUACCAAAAUGGUUUUGUUUGAGGUUGGUGCCAAAGUCACAGUUGUGCUAUAUCAGUGUGUGAGAAGAGAAGUUAAACAUUUAUUUCCCCACCUUUAGUAACUGCGUAUGGGACCCAUAUCUGUUAACAAUUUCUGAUACAACUGGUUGUCAGCACACUACCUGAUGCUUUGCUACACUAUCUGACCGAUAACAUAACAGAACUGUUUUAAUGAAACAAGGUGUCCUAUUUGACUGUCUGAAUAUGUAAGCGAAGUACGUUUUGCCUUCAAUUGAACCAUUUGUGUCCAUGGUCAUGGUGUGACCUCAGAGACAAACUGUUUUAUCAAAUAAGAGGGAUAAUAUUGUUUGUUGUUGUUUUCACAUGUGUUACAGAUAUGUACUGUAUUUGAAUUACUAUAGAAACAUGCCCCCGUUCCCCAUCUAAAACCUUUGAAAUGAAUAUAUUACAGUGAAUAAAUAGCCGCAUUGUUAAUAA